GACUUUCUCCGACUUCGUCGACUGGCGGUUCCAUAUCCACUUUUCAAAAUAACACAUAAUCAGUCCCAGGUGAUCACUAACCCAAAAAUAAAAGUUUCAAUUCAACACAAGAAGAACGAAGAAAAAAUUUAAAAUGCAUCUUGUACAACCUAAAUUACUUUUGUUAUUAACGAUAGCAAAAUUCGUUUUUGGACAAGAUGAAACUACCAAAAAUAUUACAACGCCUGAAUAUAUUUUACCGUGUUACCGAGAAGAUCCAAAUCUUAACACAUGUUUAAGAGGAACCUUUGAGCAUCUAAGGCCCUACUUAAUAGGUGGAUUAAAAGAUAUCAACGUGCCCAGUAUAGAUCCAUUGGAAAUCGAACGUCUUGUCAUGGAAAACGGACAGGGACCGUUUCGAAUUAAAGCGUUGUUCACAAACAUUACCGUUUAUGGUGCAAGUAAUUAUUCCAUAGCAAAUAUAAAAGCGGACGUUAAACAUUACACCAUCGAUUUGACUAUGAAACUACCAAAAAUUGAUAUACGUGGAAAAUAUGAAGUUAGUGGUAAUGUUUUGUUAUUCCCUGUUCGUUCUAAAGGAGAUUUCUGGGCUAUAUUUGUUAACGUAGAUGCUUAUGCAAGGAUAUAUGGAAAAGAAAUAAUUAAGGAUAAUGAAAAAUACAUGAAAAUUGAUAAAUUAAACGUUGAUUUUAAAUUACAAAAAAGCCGUUUUCGAGUUCGUGACAUAGUUAAUCAUGGAAAUGUAAUAGGAGAAGCCAUGAAUCAAUUCUUAAACAAUAACUCAGACGAAAUUAUAAACGAAAUGAAACCGGCUGCUUCACUUAGUAUAGCAAGGCACUUCAAGAACUUCCUAAACAACGCUUUCUUAAGGUUACCAAUUAGGGUUUGGUUACCAGAUGAACCCAUACAAGAAAAAUCGUAGUAUUUUUUUUAACUAAAAAUUUAUUUAAAUGAAUAUUCUAUUUAUUAAGUUUAUGAGUGAUAAUUUUUUUU